GAGCACAUCAACUGAGUAUCCAAAGUUAUUUUUUAUAUCUCUUAUACAGAAUUCGAUUGGUCCACCUUUCAUCAUAUCACUACAGAAAUCAGAUCCAAGUUACCAUAUGUGUUCAGUCAAAGGUUAUUAUACAGCAGUCAAAAUGAAUGAAUUACAUGCAACAUGUAUUAAGAACAUAUGAAUGCAGUUACAUGCAACAACAUGGAUUAAUAUAGCAAGAAAAUGUUGAAUAAAAAGGCAAGUUGAAGACUACAUGUAGUAUUAUAUCCUUUUUAGAAUAUUUAAAUACAAGCAAAAUUAAACAAUGUUACUUAGACAUACUAUGUAUGUGAUAACACAAAUGUGCAAGAACAAAAUUCAGGACAAUGACUACCUCAGGGAGGACAGUACGAGAAGAAAAGGAGCACACAGAUCUAAAUCAUUGGUAAUUUUCUAGUUCAGUGUUUCUCAAACUUUAAUGUGCAUCAGAAUCACCUUAAAAUCUAAAUUACUGGGCCCUACGCUCAGAGUUUUCUGGUUCAGUAGGUGGGGGAUGGGGCCUAAGAAUAUACAUAUCGAACAAAGUUCCAGGUGCUGCUAGUUCUGCUGCUCUGGGGACCACACUCUGAAACCACUUGUAGUUCUUAGAUUGGGUUGUAGGUUCAUAGCUGCUCCAUUUUAUUAUUAAAUGUAUAUGCUACUUAAAUUAAAUUAAAAAAAAGAUCAAAGAUGAGAGUGUGUUAUGAACCAGGGAUUAACAUUAAUUCAAUUCUGGGCUCCUGAGGUUUCCUCCCCUAAAAAAAAUCCUAAAGUUCCAUUACUAAAAGCAAACUUGAGAAACACUAUUUUAAAAGAACUUCAAGACCAUUAAAAAAAUUAACUAUUUUUGAGAAAUAAAUUUGAAAAUUAUUCUUUAUAUGCACAGUGACAGCAUAUUGCACUCUACUUUCCUGGAUCUCAAUAAACUUUGGCAAGAACUUGGCAGAUCACAAAUCUACUUUUGUUGAUUCAACAAAAACUGUUUAAAGACUUCUCUUCCAUUCUCAGUUCUUAUCCUCUCAAAAUGCUGUAGGUAAUGAUUUUUCAUCUUUUUUCUCUCUCCCUCCCUUACAGAUUGAUUUAGGCUCUGAGAUAAAAUUUAGGUGACAUUUUAGAUAUCGACAGGGCAUGUGCAGAGCCAUACUCUGUCUUGCAGUAUGCCAGCCACGGACGGGGUUUAGACAAACGGCUGAAUAUAAAACUCUUGCCUAGAAGCAGCUCAGCCUAGAGGGGGAAACAGAUUCAUAAAUAUAAAAUUACAAUCCAAAGCAGGAAACACAGUAUGUUAUACGAAGGCAAAGAGGUUCGUCUUCUUUCAUAGCCUCUCCUAAACCCGGCAACUCUGAGCUGUUUCUCUGGCAAGCCGCCGUCCAUUGGCUGCCUCUGGCGCCGCGCCUUUCGGCGUGCGGACGGCGCAGGCGCGGGCGGGGCGGGGCCGGGCGGGGAGGGCGGCGAGGGCCGGCGCUCGGGGCCGCGUUUCAUUGGCUUUCCGGCCGGAAGCUGCGGCGCUAGCCGGCUGCGCAAGCGCCUCUCACACGUGCUGUCGGAACGCCGUCUCCUCCGCUUGCGGCAGGUCUGCACCAUGCUGCGAACGUCCGUCCUCCGGCUGCUAGGAAGCACGGGGGCUAGUAGGCUGUCUCUCCUGGAGGACUUCGGCCCACGCUACUACAGUUCGGGCUCCCUCAGUGCCGGCGAUGAUGCUUGUGAUGCGCGCGCCUACUUCACUACACCCAUUUUCUACGUGAACGCGGCGCCGCACAUCGGGCACCUGUACUCGGCACUACUGGCGGACGCCCUAUACCGCCACCGUCGCCUCCGAGGUCCCAGCACGGCCGCCACGCGAUUCUCCACUGGUACCGACGAGCACGGGCUGAAGAUUCAGCAGGCAGCAGCUACUGCGGGCCUGGCCCCGACCGAGCUGUGCGACCGAGUCUCUGAGCAGUUCCAGCAGCUUUUCCAGGAGGCCGGUAUCUCCUGCACAGAUUUCAUCCGCACCACGGAGGCCCGGCACCGGGUGGCUGUGCAGCACUUCUGGGGGGUGCUUAAGUCCCGCGGUCUGCUCUACAAGGGCGUCUAUGAAGGUUGGUAUUGCGCUUCUGACGAGUGCUUCCUGCCUGAGGCCAAGGUCACCCAGCAGCCGGGCCCAUCGGGGGAUUCGUUUCCUGUAUCUCUCGAGAGCGGGCAUCCAGUCUCCUGGACCAAGGAAGAAAACUACAUUUUCAGGCUUUCCCAGUUCCGGAAGCCACUCCAGCGGUGGCUGCGGGGCAACCCUCAGGCGAUCACCCCCGAACCAUUUCAUCACGUAGUUCUUCAGUGGCUGGACGAGGAGCUGCCCGACCUGUCCGUGUCUCGCAGAAGUAGCCACUUGCACUGGGGCAUUCCGGUGCCCGGGGAUGAUUCGCAGACCAUCUAUGUAUGGCUGGAUGCCCUGGUCAACUACCUCACUGUAAUUGGCUACCCAAAUGCUGAGUUCAAAUCUUGGUGGCCGGCCACCUCUCAUAUCAUAGGUAAGGACAUUCUCAAAUUCCAUGCUAUCUAUUGGCCUGCCUUCCUGUUAGGGGCCGGCAUGAGCCCGCCACAGCGCAUCUAUGUCCAUUCCCACUGGACAGUCUGUGGCCAAAAGAUGUCCAAGAGCUUGGGCAACGUGGUGGAUCCUAGGACUUGCCUUAACCGCUAUACUGUGGAUGGCUUCCGCUACUUUCUCCUUCGGCAGGGCGUCCCCAACUGGGACUGUGACUACUAUGAUGAAAAGGUGGUUAAGUUGCUGAACUCCGAGCUGGCAGAUGCCUUGGGAGGUCUCUUGAACCGAUGCACUGCCAAAAGAAUAAAUCCUUCUGAGACCUACCCAGCCUUCUGCACUACCUGCUUCCCUAGUGAGCCAGGGUUGGUGGGGCCGUCAGUUCGUGCUCAGGCAGAGGAUUACGCUCUGGUGAGCGCAGUGGCCACUUUGCCAAAGCAGGUAGCAGAGCACUAUGAUAACUUCCAGAUAUAUAAGGCUCUGGAGGCCGUGUCCAGCUGUGUCCGGCAAACUAAUGGUUUUGUCCAAAGGCAUGCACCAUGGAAGCUGAACUGGGAGAGCCCAGUGGAUGCUCCCUGGCUGGGUACUGUGCUUCAUGUGGCCUUGGAAUGUUUGCGAGUCUUUGGGACUUUGCUGCAGCCUGUCACCCCAAGCCUAGCUGACAAGCUGCUGUCCAGGCUGGGGGUCUCUGCCUCAGAGAGGAGUCUUGGAGAGCUCCAUUUCUUGCCUCGAUUCUAUGGACAUCCAUGCCCUUUUGAAGGGAGGAGGCUGGGACCUGAAACUGGGCUUUUGUUUCCAAGACUAGACCAGUCCAGGACUUGGCUGGUGAAAGCCCACCGGACCUAGAAACUCAGUUCUUACCGGCUUGUGGUAAAAAAGCAAAUGUGUUAUUUUUUUAUUUUUUAUUUUCAGGAAAGUUAUACUAGUAUUUUCUUAAGUGUGGAAUCAAAUGAGCACAUAAGCUGUGUCCCUGUGAAAAGAGGUUUGUAGCCUUUCAGGUGCCUGCUCCUAUUCUUCAUUUCUCUGUGACCGUUGAUCACUGUCCUUUGUGCAUUGUGUGUCUAAGAUGUCUUUACGGGAAAGAUGGGUAAGAGACAGUGUUGCUAAUGCUGUUCCUUCUUUGUGCCUCCUUCCAAACCACAGUUAUUUGCCCAAACUACCUCUCGUGGCUGGUUUUUCAUUGGCCUGGCCUCUGCUUCUCAGGCUAAUUAGUGACUCCUUUCUUUGAGGGUCAGGGUUGGAGGCCCCUUACUGGGGCUUUUACAGGGGGAUCCUACUUUGUUACACAUGUUGGGUUUCCUGAUAAAAAGAGAGUAUUUUAUUAAACCCUUGAACCAGUGUCCUAGACCAGAUGAUUUUUGCCCAUGUGUAUCCCCAUUUAACUUCCUACAACUAAGGCUCCCUGCUUUGUUAAUAGUCCAACAGUUGGGUUGUGUAACAUCACACUUCAACCGGUAGAUGGCUCUAAUCUCACACAUUUACUUACUAAAGAUUGAGGAUUCAGAAUAUUUAGAAUAAAUUAGUUUUCUGCUUUCUAAUUUUGCAGAUCUUUACAUUUUUAUUGCUUUUCUUAAAAUAAGGGAUAGCUUUGCAACCACUAUUGUUUUAAUGGAAAGGAAAAAAAAACCCCAAACUUAUCAGAAUCCUCGUUCUUUUUCAGACUACUGAAAAAUGACAUUUACUCUGUUAAAUGUUUAAUAAGUGAAUAAGUAAAUAUAUCAAGUUGUUUAUAUAAUAAAUUAUAAAACUCUUGAGGCACUUGGUAUGUUAAAAAUUUUAAACUUUAGUAACAUUAGGUUACAGGUAUGAUUUAAAAAUUUGUAAAUAGUUCAAAAGGGCAAUGUUUUCUUUAUAUUUCUUAUAGUCUUAAUUUUGUUAUCCGUGUGCAUAAUUUACCUCAUGAUUUCUUUUGGUCAAUCAGGAUCUUUAAUACAAUAUAGAAAUUGUGUAAUAGUUAUUAUAAAUGUUAAUACACAACUUUCAGGUAAUUUUAACUGAUUAUUUCUUUUGCUCUUUUAACUUAUUAAAGUUUAAAAGUUUGUAAGUACCUUA